CCUCCUCCGAGCAGCAUGAAAGCCUUCAGUCCGGUGAGGUCCGUUAGGAAAAACAGCCUGUCGGACCACGGCUUGGGCAUCUCCCGGAGCAAGACCCCGGUAGACGACCCGAUGAGUCUGCUCUACAACAUGAACGACUGCUACUCCAAGCUCAAGGAACUGGUGCCCAGCAUCCCGCAGAACAAGAAGGUGACCAAGAUGGAAAUCCUGCAGCACGUCAUCGAUUACAUCCUGGACCUGCAGAUCGCCCUGGACUCUCACCCCACGAUUGUCAGCCUGCACCACCAGAGACCUGGGCAGAACCAGGCGUCCAGGACGCCGCUGACCACCCUCAACACGGACAUCAGCAUUCUGUCCUUGCAGGCAUCUGAAUUCCCUUCUGAGCUUAUGUCGAAUGAUAGCAAAGUACUCUGUGGCUGAAUACAUGGAGAACAAGUUGAAUGGACCUUUUUAAAAAGAGCGACGGAAGGAAAACUGAGAGUGAUCAUCUUCCCCAGGAGCUCUCCAGCCUGGACUGUGAUACCGUUAUUUAUGAGAGACUUUCAAUGCCCUUUCUACAGUUGGAAGGUUUUCUUUAUAUACUAUUCCCACCAUGGGGAGCGAAAAACGUUAAAAAUCACAAGGAAUUGCCCAAUCUAAGCAGACUUUGCCUUUUUCCAAAGGUGGAGCGUGACUACCCGAAGGACCCAGUAUUCGGUUACUUAAAUGAAGUCUUUGGUCAGAAAUGGCCUUUUUUGACGCGAGCCUACUGAAUGCUGUGUAUAUAUUUAUAUAUAAAUAUAUAUAUAUAUAUUGAGUGAAGCCUUGUGAACUCUCUAAUUAGAGUUUUCUUGUAUAGUGGCAGAAAUACCUAUUUCUGCAUAAAAAUGUAAUGACGUACUUAUGCUAAACUUUUUAUAAAAGUUUAGUUGUAAACUUAACCCUUUUAUACAAAAAUAAAUCAAGUGUGUUUAUUGAAUGUCAAUCGCUUGCUUUAUUUCAGACAACCAGUGCUUUGAUUUUUUUUAUGAUGCUAUGUUAUAACUGAACCCAAAUAAAUACCAGUUCAAAUUUAUGUAGACUGUAUUAAGAUUAUAAUAAAAUGUGUCUGACGUCAA